AUGCAGCUCCGCAAGCGGCGACGACCGUCGCCACCCGACGCACCAGACGCUUUGAGCAGGCUGCUGAGCAUCGCGGCCACGUUGCGCGGCAGUUCCGCCGGGCAGCAGCCUGCGCACCCAAAGCUCCUCGUCGUCUCGGGCGCCGGCCUCUCCGCGGAAGCCGGCAUGAGCACGUUCACGUCGCCAGGCGGCCUGUACGCGCGAGCCCUGCGCGCACUCGGCCUGCCCGCCACCGGCGACCGUUCCAGAGCCUUCCACUAUUCUACUUUCCGCAACAAACCUGACGAAGCGCAGGCCUUCUACGCCGAGAUCAGGGAAGAGGCGCUCAGGGCGGAGCCGACGCGGGCGCACAAGGCCAUCGCGCAGCUGGACGCCGCCGGGCUGCUCCAGCGGCACGUGACGCUGAACGUGGACGGCCUCGCGCUCGCCGCGGGGCAGGAGCGCGUGCAGCCGGACGCGGCUGCGCCGAGCAGCGGCGGCGUCGUGGAGCUGCACGGGAGCGUGCUGCACGCCGUGUGCCGGAGCUGCGGCGCCCGCGAGCGCAUGUCGGACGCCACGGCGCGCGCGUUCAAGCGUGCACGUGUGCGCGGCGCUGGAGAGGCGCGGCCGGCGGAGCUGAUGUGCGGCGCGUGCGCGGACGGGCGGCUGAGGUUCGCGAUGAUGCUGUACAGCGACGGCGAGGGCCACCUCAUCACGCCGAACGCAGCUCUCGCGCUCCUGCGGUCGGACGCGUGUGCCGCAGCGGCGGUGCUCUGGGUCGGGCUGUCGUUCGUGCAGAGCGCGUCGGUGUCGUACUUCACGGCGGCGUACCGCGCGUCGCGCAGCUCGGGCCGCGCGGUGCCGCACUUCGUCGUCAACACUGACGCGGAGGCCAUGUUCGAUCUGGCAUCGGCGUGCGCGGACGAGCUACACGACGACGUCGCCCUCGUGCAGGAGGACGCCGCGACGGUGCUCGGCGCCGUUGCGCGGGCCGCGGGGCUCGAGGACGCCGCGCAAGGUGACGAGGAACCUUGA